AUGAUAGAAGAUCAUUAUAACCCAUGCGAACGUAUCAAUCAAUUUAUUGAUGAUGGUCAAUUAGAAAUAACGGAUAUUCUUGGCAUAGGUGCUUACGGAAUUGUUUACGCUGCAAAACAUGUUACAACCGGAAAAUCUUACGCAGUCAAAUGCAUAAUUAAAGCAAAUCUUGAUGCAAGACAACAAAAAUUUCAAUAUACCGAAAUCAAUUUGCACGCAAAAUUAUCUGGACAUCCUAAUAUUAUUAGAUUGGAAAAAGUGAUCGAGUCUGAUGAAAUGAUUGACAUUAUACUUGAAUAUUGUAAUGAAGGCGAUUUGUUCUCGAUAAUAACAGAGAAAGGCGGUUACGUAGGAAAUGAUUAUUUGAUAAAGUCAGUUUUCAUUCAAAUACUUGACGCCGUGCUAUUCAGUCAUCGCCAUGGUAUUUAUCACAGAGAUCUUAAACCGGAAAAUAUACUCGUGUUUGAUCAAGGAAAAACUAUCAAGUUGGCAGAUUUUGGUUUGGCUACCACCGAACUUUGUUCGAAUGAUUUCGGAUGUGGUUCUACAUUUUACAUGAGUCCAGAGUGUCAAGGUGGAUUUUAUAAGAAAUUACAAAUUUAUGAAACCGCACCAAAUGAUGUUUGGUCACUAGGAAUCAUUCUAAUUAAUUUGACAUGUGGUCGCAAUCCAUGGAAACAAGCUAGUAUACACGACGAAACAUUUGCUGCUUUUAUUAAAAAUAAAGAUUUCCUCAAGAAAAUAUUCCCGAUUACCGACGAGCUCAAUAGCAUUUUACUGGACAUUUUUGCUUUGGAUCCAAAAAACCGAAUUUCACUGUGUGAACUUCGGGAUCGAAUACUAAAUUGUACCAGUUUUACUGUUACCAAUAAUAAAUAUCAUGAUGAUGAGAUCAAUAAAGCAAUUCAAGAAUAA